AUGGCAGAUGCGGCAGGGCCUAAUGUAGCGCCUUCAGCCGAGGCGUAUCCUAUGUACUCUUAUCGUUCUCCUGUGUACUCGAUCCCUGCAGCCUUGCAUGCACUCCAUUUGAACAACAUGGCUAACAAAAAGGUACCACCACAAAUGCACUACCUUACGACGGAGCGUCAGGUCAAUGACGCAGUGACUGACGCUCUGGCGUCGAUCGGCACCGUUGGUCCCACCGUCGGCCUCGACUUAGAAUGGAACUUUGGAUUGCGGGUAGGAAAGACGGCCGUCCUACAGCUUGCUACGGCAUCUUCCAUCUUUGUAAUUCAACUUUCGCGUAUUCGCAAGAUGCCGGUCGUGCUACAUAAAAUGCUGGUGGAUCCAGGUAUCUACAAAGUGGGCGUAGCGAUUCAUCAAGACCUCGCCAAGCUCCAGCGUGAUUUCCACAUUGAAGCGGCAGGUGCCUUGGAGCUGAGUCGCGUAGCCACCUUUGUCGAUCCCGCACGAUGGCAGCAGCGACGGACCCUGAUAAGUUUACGUGACUUAUGUACGACGUACCUGCAUCGCGACCUAGACAAAGGGACUACACGUAUUAGCUCUUGGACGCAUGUCCCCCUCUCACCCGAGCAAAUCGAAUAUGCGGCGUCAGAUGCCUACGUUUCUUUGGAGCUGGCUCAUGCACUGUUUCUGUUCGGGCAUCAGGCCGGCCGGCUUACUACGAUACCCACAUUUCUUGAGCAAAUGGCCCAUGUCAAGCGACGUCGUCCACGCAUCUCGUCGUCCACAGGCACGCUUGCGCACGAGCGUGCAUGGGAGGCAUGGAGGCAAGGCCACACUCUUGCCUCUCUGGCCGGCGAAAAACAGAUUCAUCUGCUUACCGCUGCGACCUACAUCGCUCGUGCGUUGCAGCAACAGCCGUCGAGUUUUGUCAUUGAACGUGGCUCUCCGCUAUGGCACCGUUUGCGUGACGAAUACUCUCAGCCAGCGGUUCGUCGCGUGACGAUUCGCUACGGCCUCCUGCUCGCGAAGCAUGGCAUAUUCACGUACGCAGAACUGUAUCGCUGGGUUCGCAUGCUACAAACAGGUAGUUCUACGUAG